AUGGAGACAGAGACGAUAAUAAUCGUGAGCGUGUUCGGGGGCGCGUGGCUGCUUCUUAUGCUGCUAGUGAUAGCGCUGUUCGCCCAGCUGUGCAGCCUCCGGAGGAAGGUCAAGGAGAUGCAGUGCACGGGCCGCAUGAGAGUGCAGAAACUCAAGAUGAAUCCCGACAAGAACUACGCAUUUAGCAAUCCCUCGUUGGUGCCCGACGAGGAGCUGUCCAGGCGUGGCUACUCCAUGUACGUUGGCUCCGAAGAGGACGUGGAGAGCGGACGGGGCACCGAGCGGCAGACGGGUGGGCAGUUCGUAGAGGAGCUGACACGCGAGCUGGACAGCAGGCAACAGAGGCAGGCCAACGCUCCACCGUUCCUGCUGCAGAGCAUAGAAGAGAACAAGAAGAAGAACAGGGCCCUGAGCAAUCCGGUGGCGUCGCGGGGCCGUCAGAGCGACACAAACCCCAAUUUUAUUUAC